AUGUAUGUGUACAUUGUUCCUUCCCCUCCGACUCCAGAGGGUCGGUCAUUGAGAAGUGGUCGUACAAUAGACACUAGGGAGUUCAGUGGAUAUUAUGAAUAUGAGGAGGGGGAGAGGGGAGGGGCCAGUCCUCCUGUCCAUGAGGGAGAUAGUGACAGUGACGCUCUCAUUGAUGAGGGGUGGGACACUGGGAGUACUGCCUCCAGUGAUAUAUCAGAUUGGGCCAAUGAAGCAGCUCCUUAUAAUCCAUCACUCUCCAACAACAGAACAAGAAAGAACAGGAGAAGAGAGUCCACAGUAUCUGAGAUCCCAUCAGAAGUGACUAUUGAUGAAGAGGAGAGACUGAGAGAUAGAGAGGGAGGAGGAGGAGGGGGUAGGGUUAGGAGGACAGUUAGAUCAGGAGUGUUACUAUCAUCAUCAACCAAUACCAGCAGUACUACUGCUAAUAAUGAUACUAAACCAAUGGAGACUAAACACACUGUGAAAAAAGUUAGGAAAGGGUUUGAUUACAGUAUCUAUUGGCCGACUGACUGGCUGAAGAUGAACUCACCUCAAGUAUCACCAUAUUACCCUCAAGUGGGGGACAUAGUGGUGUAUUGUUAUCAAGGUCAUAUAAUGUACAGAGAUGAAGUGAAGAAGCAGAGACCUUAUGUAUGGAAGAACCAGUUACUCCCUCAUCAGAAAUACCCUCAAAUGAGACCCCAGGAGUACUGUCUUGUUAAUAAUGUUCAUUUUGUGGUUGGUCCACCUACACUCUGCUCCAUCACACUAAGUAAGUACAUGUACAGUAAUAACUGUAUACAAUCUAUACAUGAUGAAUAUACUUUUAAUGGGUGGGUCUAAGCAAGCAAAUGAUUACAUUAUUGUUGAAAUCAAAUUAGUCCAUACGUUAUGUAUACAUGUACAUGUAUUAUGAUAAAAUGGUCACGCUAUACGUAUCUUUCAGGAAACAUCUACUUUAAAAAUUUGCUGAAUAAUUUUUAAUAUUAGCUACGUAAGCAUUACUUUAAAAAUUGAUACUAUGAUCCUAACAUUUGAUCGUUCAAUGACAUUAUUACCACACUUAACUCUCUUCAAAAGUUUCUGACAUCAACAUGACAGUAGCACAAUUAUGUACACUGUACCUGUUUGUAAUAAUAAUCACAUGAAAUAGAUCACAUGAUACUAAUAUUAUACUGUAAGAAUAAUAAUGGCCCAGUUCAGUAAAGAAGAGCUUUCUUUUGUUGAGGAUCUUCCUAAGCAUAUGGAGAUAGAGUGUCUGGUUUGUCUGAAAUUAUUGACAGAUCCUCAUAUUGUGAGCUGCUGUGGACAUAAUUUCUGUGGGUCUUGUAUUGAGAGAGUAAAAACUAGUAAUGGAUCCUGUCCUAUGUGUAACGAGAAGGAAUAUCAAGCAAUACCUGACAAGAAGUGUUCACGUAUUAUCAAUGGAUUGGAGGUCUACUGCAGUAAUAAGGA